CAGUCAGAACUCAUCAGAUUCAGAAGCCAGCCAGUCGAGAUCUCCACAAGCUAGAACCAGCCGACCAGACCAGGUACGUAGAGCUCCCUAGUACUCCUAGCUAGUAUGGAAGAGGAGAAGAAGCCUGCUGCUCCUGCCACCAACGUUGGUGCUCCUGCUUCUGCUGUCACCGUUGGUGCUUCUGCUUCUGCCACCGUUGGUGCUCCUGCUUCUGUUGAUGCUACUGCUACUGCUGCUGAUGCCGGCUCCGGGUCGGCGGCGACGGAGAGCUCCAUCUUCGACGAGCUCUUGGGACCCAUGAUCGACGCCAACAAACCAGACUCAACCUCCACCCCCGGCUAUUUCAGCACCCUCUUCCCAACUCCAGCCGAGGCGGCGGCGGCGGCACGUCGUCGGGGUCAAUGUGUACCUGGGAUCAACUCGUGGGCAGGGCAGCAGCAGCAAGGGUAUGAUCUUGAGUCGUCUCCAUACUUCAGCUCCUGCGGCGUCCACUACGGCGGCCGGGAGUACUACAUCCCCGAUAACAACAGUAGCACUACCAAGAAGAAGCCAGAUGAAGAAGACAACUCUGGAGCAGCCAAUCGGGGUGAUUGGUGGCAAGGUUCCCUCUACUACUAGGGAAUGCAGAUGAUCAGCAGCAGCAAAGCCGAUCGACCUCCUUCGAUAAUAAAAGUACUAUGUAACAUGCAUAAUACAUGCCAGCUCUAGCUUCGAGUCGUACUCGUUUAUUUCUAAGUGGGAUAUGUAGAAGAUGCAUGGCCGGUCGAUCCACAUGGAUCAAUCGAUCAUGCAGCUUCAUUUGUUCGUCAAUCUGCUGCUGUUAUGUAAGAACUUUUGUCAGUUGAGACAUCGGUCCGAAAUGAUCGAUGCCGAAUCUCUUUCAUGUAUGUGUGUGUGUUCUAUAUAUCUAAUAACCGUUGUGCUACC